CUCCCAUGGUCUUGUCUGUGUUUUCAUUCCAGAGCCCAGAUCCAAAGAUGGCAACUGUUGUUGUUGGGUUUUUUCGAUUUUCAACAUGAAGAGCCCCCCUUCAGCCGACGAAUUUGAACAAAACACAAUGGAGCUGGGUGACCGUCUUCCCCAAAUCGAUAAAAAGCGGCAUCGUUAUCCGUACUGUAUCGUUUGGACGCCUAUUCCUUUACUCACAUGGCUGUUCCCAUUUAUUGGGCACAUGGGAAUUGCCAUGUCUUCUGGGGUUAUUCGAGAUUUCGCUGGCCCAUACUACGUUUCCGAGGAUAACAUGGCAUUUGGCAAUCCUACAAGGUACUUGAGACUCAACCCAGCAAAGAUUGCAAGUCCCAACAAUGGCUGGGACACAUCUGUCUCAUCUGCUUCAGAAGAGUACAAGCACAGGAUGCAUAAUUUAUGCUGUGACAACUGUCAUUCACACGUUGCCAUGGCACUGAACUUCAUGGAGUAUGACAAGUCUUCAUCGUGGAAUAUGGUCACACUUGCUGCAAAAUUGUUCUUCUUUGGGAAAUAUGUCAGCUUUGCAGGUUUUCUAAAGACAUGGCUUCCAUUCACCAUUUUAGCAACAGCAACUAUCCUCUUGGUGGUUCUUUUAUAAACAAAAUGUGAAUUAUUACAUUAUAAAACAACACCUGGAAUGCAUUAUACACUGUAGUAUCUUACAUAUAAUUUCCAUUCCAGUAUAAAUUUAGUUAAAUUUAUAUGGUUUAGUGUGCACUGAAGAUGCCUGCAAGUUGUCAUAAUCUAUAGAAAAUUCUGUCAAAUAUUCCCUCUUCUUUCCAAUGUAAAUUUAUAUCUGCAUACAGUAAAUCAUCCUUGUGGACCCAGGGUAUCGCAGAGAUCGGACACACAGGGACCUCAAAAA